AUGACUGGCCUGUUUAAUCAAAAGCAAGCCCUUCCACGUUACUCUGAGACUUGGGACCCCCAAAUAGUGCUUAACCACCUUAAGACAUUUCCAGCCAUUGAUGAUAUGUCACUGAAACAGCUUACCCUGAAACUGGUCAUGGUUAUGGCCCUAUUGUCUGCACAGAGAGUUCAGACUUUACAGUCCUUGUCCUUGGAAGAAAUGAGUACCCUACCUGGAAAGUAUGUCUUUCGCAUCUCUUCUGUUUUGAAACAAACAACUGCCAAAAGGGGCAGAACAGACAUUUACUACCCAUUACUUUUCAUAGUUACCCCCUGGACAAGAGACUGUGUAUCGUGGAGCUACUUUCAGCUUAUGUUAAAAGAACAGCUCCUCUCAAGAAAGAGACAAAGCAGUUGCUUAUUUGCCAUGCUGAGCCUCAUGGACCAGCUUAAAGGGACACAAUAUCACGUUGGAUAA